CAAACCGGCGAGGCACCAGUUCGCGACCGCCAUUAGAAAGGCAGGCACGGAAACUCUCGCGUCGUCGAUUUUCCAACACAUUUUAAAUAACAAGAAAAUUUCAAAAUUUAUUAUUAGAAAAAAAAGGGACGAGGGUCGGAGGCGGCAACAUUAACAACAACUUUAAUCGCCAUCUUUAAUUUAUUUAAUAAAUAAAUAAACGAUGACGGCGACGAGGUCGGUGUUGGGGGCGGCGCUGGCGGUUCAGUUGAGCGGCCACCGAAACCGACUGAUUUGGUGCCACGCGAUUUUCCGCUGCUAUUACUGAAUUUUACUGCGGGGAGGGGGGGUAUGGAUAAGAGUUUCGGUGGUGGUGGUGCCGCCACCACUUAAGGACGUUUAAUUACCACUAAAACCAAUAAUAUUAAGAAAAAGAAUCGGAAAAGGACGAUUAUGAGACACUUUAUCAGUUGUUUCGUGUUCGUUUUGUGAGGGAAGGAGGCAUCAUCAGCUAAUACCUCCACGGGAGUUGCCGCAGUAUAUGACAGAUAACGUACUGCUACAUCCUUAAGAUCGUCUUCCCACGCCAGCACAAGACAAUGGUACCGAACCCACUCAAAAAAUGCCUCAAAAAACACUUUCACAUCACUUUUCAAAGAGACUCCGUAUCCAGUUGGAGGGACCCGAGGUGCGCGCGCUCUCUCCCCAUACACUAACUCAAAUUCCAUUUUUUCUUUCUGUUUUAAAAAAUCAGUAAUUCCAUAAUUUUAAGUCUCGUCAUAUUACCGUAUUUACGUACACUUAAGCCGUUUGUUAUUAAUUAACAACAUAUCAAUUAAUUAAUUAUUAAGGUUGUAAUAUAACGAAGAAGCGCUACAGUGGUCUCGUUUUUAUGAAGAGGGCGGUUGCUGGUCAAAAUUCCGACCGCAGCCCCCAAGUGGUCCCCGCUGGCCCCCACGUUGAUCCGCAUACUAUUCGCGUUUUCGGCUACGGCUCUUGUUUUGGGACACUCAUUGUUUCCUCACUCGUCCACCUCCUCCUCACCACCACCACCUCGAACCACUUCCAACCGUUUAGCUCUAAGGAAAAGUGAUACUAGAAAUAUUUCAAUUGACCACCUCGAUAGUGAGUUUUCAAGUGAUUCAGGCAGCAGUGACGUGAGCAAAGAGAGUGUAUUAGUGACAAUCGGGGGCGGUAACGUGACCCCUGUUAUAUACGAAACUGCCGUGAAAAGGGGCGGCGGUUUGUUGUCGAACAAGGGGGGCACUAAGAAGAGAUUAAAGGGCGGCUACGUGCACUUGUCCAUGCCACCGGUGCAUGCGCAAGAGACAGAUUCAUCGGUCGUGACCGUCGGAGAACACCAUCUCCAGCACCACCAUCAGCUGCACCGGUACCCGAGCGGCGGUACGACGCACCAAGGGGCGGACGAAAAAGACCCUCAACCGCCCCCGCCGACCUCGCCGCCCCCGUGGCCCCUCACCACUCUGGUGGGUUUCGUGGCGGCCGGCGCCUUCUUCGGCUUGGCCUCGUGUCUCCUGUGGCGGCACCACCGUCUCCAAGAGGCGGCGACCGCCUCCUCCUCCUCCUCCCGCUCUCCUCCUCACCCGCCUCUUUUGUCGCCGACUUUUUCCGCGGAGGCGGUUGUCGCCUCCUCCUCCGCAUCGUCGCUACGUCGACACAUCGAUCGUCUCUCCUCACGUUCUUCCGUUUCUUCUGUGUCAGUUACUUCCGCUUCCGCAGUUACUUCCAUGCUGUCGGUGGUGAGCGCCGGUGCCGCGGCUGGUAUGGGCGGCAUGGACCGGUUGCGAGGCGGCGGGGGCGGCGGCGGAGGCGGUGCGGGCGGCAGGGCGGCAGCCCGCGAACUUGCCGCCUCGCGGGAUCGGCAGGUGCGACUACACGCCGUCCGCACGGACUUGGCUCUAAAUCUGCCGCCCAGUUUGGCGUUGCCGGACGGCGAGGACCACAAUUCCCACCACCACCAUCACCACCACCAUCAUCAUCAUCAUCAUCCUUUCAAUCGGUCGGCCGCCUUCAGUAGUAGUUCUGCCGCCUCACGCUUACAAAUUAGGGAUGCCGAACAGGAAUCGGAAAUAUACCAAAAAUGCAUCCGACCCCCGCCCAACCGGACGGUGAUGGAGAGCGAGUCGCCGCCGCCCUUCCGCCCCCACGCGGGGGGCGGGUUCGCCUCGUGUUCGUCCUCGGGGAGCAGCGAAUGUUCGUCGAUAGCGAGCGGUUCGAUAGGUAUGAAAAGCCAAUUAAUGACGUCCUCGGCGAGUUACCACCAGCAGGGCGGCCAAAAGACUGAUUUUUUACAAAGAACUGUUAAAAUAUUCACCGGCAGCAGCAGUAGCAGCAGCAGCAGCAACAACAGCAGUAGCAGCAAAAAAACGACGCAGCCUAGCACUAACCAUAGUAUUAAUAGUAGCAACCAGGGGGCGUCGGUCCCAGUGACGUCACCGACGACGCAUGCGCCGAACCAGAGCCGAACGCCAAUGCAAAGGCGAGAGCCGCCCGUCUGACCCCCCACUCCACAUUUUUAGAUAAAUUACGUGAAUUUUUUUUUUUUUUUUUGGUGUUCUCGUCUCUCUCUCUCUCUCUCACACACAUACACACACACAGUUGCAGAAGAGUUGGAAAUGUGACUGAUCAGUUGUUGGUGGUGUUCCAAAGUUCCAUAGAGAGAAUUUUGUUAGUUAAUAAAUGGAGUAAUGGAAACUAGGAGCGACUUCCUUGUGUGGAAUUCUGGAUGUUCCGUUUUGGGGAAGUCGCUCAGGGUUUCUUACGAUGUGCGCGUUUUAUCAGGGAUUUUUUCAUUAUAAUUAUUUUUUUCUGGUGAAAAAGCAUGCAGCCGAAGGACACUUUUUCCGAUAUACAUAUAGAACAAUAGAGUGUGUAAACGAAAUGAAAGACUUGGAGUGUGUUUGUUUCGCGGAGUAUCAAUAGUCCGACGACCCUAACGUACUAUUAUAACUUAGCUAAUAUCCCGAUUUCUGAAGACGAUCUGGCCUUGGGCUGUAAAUAUUUUAUAUAUAUAUAUAUUAUUAUAUUUAUUAUUAUUAUUACUAUUAUUAUUAUUAUUUAUGUACUGUGUACAUGCUUAAGGGUUAAUUUCUUCUGUUUAGUUGGAAGAGGUGUGGAAUUUUAUCAAAAAUUCUCUGUUUUUUAUGGUCAUCAAUGAUGAUGAAAUGAAAAACCGUUAAAUUGCCAUGAAAUAAUUAAAUAUUGUCAUUUUUAGACGUCAAAACCACCAAUUUAUUAUUGCCAAAUUGGUCUGUCUAUUUUAAUCAUGAAAAUCACGUGUUUUUGGUUCAAAAAAUCGCCAAUUUAUGGCCAAUAUCCCACGAAUGUCCCUAAGGUCUUACAAUUGUGUAAAAACACAUUAGAGGAUCCUAGAUAGUAUGGAAAUAAUUAAUGGAUAUUCCUGGAAGACAAUUAGGAAUAAACUACGUCAAAUUCCUGAAAUAAAACGAGAAACGAUGUAAAAUUUCUGUAGGAUGUAAAAAUGGCUCUGAAAGCCUGGAAAAUCCAAAAAAUUAUAUUGACAAAUUGACACCAAAUAAGCUAAAGAUUAUCCCAAAUUCAACGACAUAAAUUCGGCAUUUUUUUUUACUAAAUUUCAAUCGACGAUAACUCAAUAAUUAUUUGAGUUACUCAAAUAAAGUUUCUACUCAAAGAAAGAGCGUUUUCUAAGGAAUAAUUUCUUAUAUCAACCAUUUCUGUAAGUCUCAUACUCACUGAACUAGAGCAAGUUUUGUGUCAUGCUCACAAGAUUUGAGGUUUCUGUAAAAGUUUAGCCAUAUUUCUUUAUAACUUCCGUUCUAUUGAAGAUAUCUUUGUAAUUCUUUUACAGUAUUAUAAUAUCGAAUCCAUAGAUUGAUUAUAUGUAAAAUUUUUUAUUUUAGGUUAAAAAUUCGCAUGGCUGCAACCAUUUUGGUUAAAGGCUAUUUUUUUACUAAAUUUUCCUUAAGAAUAACUCGAUUAAUAUUUGAGGUAUUAAAAUAAAUUGUACACUCGAAGAAAGAGCAUUUUCUAACGAAUAAUUUCAUGUAUGAACCAUUUUUUUAGGUCUAAUACUCUUUAAGUUAGAGUAAGUUUUGUCCGUCAAGUCCCAAUGUUCAUGAAAUUUGGAAUAAAUUAAAAAGUUUAAAUUUUCCAAUAGUUCUUGGACAUUUUUCCAUAUAACUUCCAAGCUAUAAAGGAUUUUUUUGUAAUUCUUUUACAAUAUUAAAGAGAGGACUCUAUAGAUUAAUUCUAUGCAAAAAAUAUGAUUUUAAGUUAAAAAUUCGCAUAGGUACAACAAUUUUGGUUGAAGGUUAUCGUAAUAAAAUAAUAAAGUCAAGAAGUCACUGGUUACCUAAGUUUGACCACCUAUGGCAUUUUUUCUAAUAGCCAAAUUUAUUGAGAUUUAAAUUUCCGUUAAGAAACUCUUAUAUAACUUUUAUGUGGCCCUAACAAUUUCCAAAAUAUCAUGGAAUUAAAUUUAUAUCUUGUUUCAUGUGUCCCAAGGUGUCCACCUGAAUAUUUUGGUUGAUAUCUCAGUUUCUAUUGAUCCUAUGACAUUUUUCCUAAUAAACGAACUUAAUAAGAAUUAAAUUUCCUUUAAGAAACUCUUAUACAACUUUUAUGUAUCUUCAACAUCUUCCAAGAUAUCAUGCAAUAAAAUCUGUAUAAAGUCACUUGUGACCUAAAAUAUCCACAUGGACACAUUGACUGAUAUCUCAGUUUUUAUUGAUCCUAUGACAUAUUUCCUAAUAAACAAAUUUAAUAAGAAAUAAAUUUCCAUUAAAAAACUCUUAUACAACUUUGAGAUGACCUUCCCAGUUUCCAAGAUAUCGUUAAAUUAAAUUUAUAUUAGGUUUUAUGUGUCCCAAAGUGUCCACCUGGACAUUUUGGUUGAUAUCUCAGUUUCUAUUGAUCCUACGACAUUUUUCCUAAUGAACAAACUUAAUAAGAAUUAAAUUUCCUUUAAAGAACCCUUAUACAACUUUUAUGUAAACUUAAGAGUUUUCAAGACAUUCUGCAGUGAAAGCUAUAUAAAGUCACUUGUGACCUAAAAUAGCCACAUGGACAUAUUGGUUGAUAUCUCAGUUUCUAUUCAUCUUAUGACAUUUUUCCUAAUAAACAAACUUAAUAAGAAUUGAAUUUCCUUUAAAAAACUUUAAUACAACUUUUAUGUAACUUUAACAACCUCCCGGAUAAUCGGGCAAGAAGUUAAGAGAAAUUAAUUUUACAGUUUUUUGUAGUGCCAAAAAUGUGUUUUUUUUUCGGUUAAUACUGGAAUAAUGAAUUACAAUUAUUAUAGAUAAAAAUAAUAAAUGUUUAGAGAAACAAUUGGCUAAAAAAAAACUUUUCUUAAAAGGAUCAAUAAAUAGGCUAAAGUUACGUUAAUUGCCAGGCUUUAUUGGCCAAUUAGAACCUUAAAUAUACAUUUUUUAAAUACAGAAAGUAGCAAAUAUGACCUAAAAUGUGACGAUUUCUUGUAUUUUUAUUACAAAUUAAAUUAUAGACCAAUUAUGGCCACACAUACUACGGCAAUAUUUUGAGCCAUAAAUUGGUUAAUAUUAUUGGUUAAUAUGCCCAAAAAAGGCAAUUUUUGCUGUCAUAUUUAGGCCACCACAAUAUUAUAUUAAUACACAAAAAGCAGUUAAAUUAAACUCUAAUUUAGGUAGCCAUUAUGGCCAAAAAUAACCAAAUUCUUUCCUUUUUAUUGGUCACUUUAUUUCACUCUGUAAUGCCCAAAUAAAAAUCAACUUUUAGGUUCAAAAUGAUCGGUCAUAUAUCAAGGUAUACUUUCACGUAGAAUCUAAAAACAAAAUAAUAAAUAGGGUGUCACUAGGUUUCACUAUUCUGAAAAAAAAACAAUUUUACAAUUACAGUUGCUGCUUAUCAUUGAAUACACCUUGAAAAGGUACUAUAAGCAGGUGAAAACCGUUUCGACCUAAGUUAAACCGUUUUGAAACUAUAGCACUUCAAAGUAAAAAAAUUAACGAUUUUCAACUGUUUGUAUCUUCAAAACGGGUUGUCUGAAGUAUAUCGUGUGACCCAUCAAAUUUCAUGGAAUUUUACGUAGAAUCCAAAAAUGAAAUAAUAAAUAUGACGUUAUACAUAAAAUAACAAAAAGAUCACUAUUUUUGAAAAAAAAUAACAAAUUUUUUUAAGUUGCUGCUUAUUAUUUAAUACAUCUUAAAAAGGUACUAUAAGAAGGUGAAAACCGUUUCAACCUAAGUUAAACCGUUUUGAAACUAGAGCACUUUAAAUUAAAAAAAUGGACGAUUUUCAACUGUUUGUAUCUUCAAAACGGGUUGUCUGAAGUAUAUCAUGUGACCCAACAAAUUUCAGGGAAUUUUACGUAGAAUCCAAAAAUGAAAUAAUAAAUAUGACGUUAUACGUAAAAUAACAAAAAGAUCACUAUUAUUGAAAAAAAAAAACAAAUUUUUUACAGUUGCUGCUUAUCAUUGAAUACACUUUGAAAAGGUACUAUAAGAAGGUGAUAACCGUUUCAACCUAAGUUAAACCGUUUUGAAACUAGAGCACUUCAAAGUAAAAAAAUGGACGAUUUUCAACUGUUUAUAUCUUCAAAACGGUUUGUCUGAAGUAUAUCGUAUGACCCAUCAAAUUUCAGGAAAUUUUACGUAGAAUCCAAAAGUGAAAUAAUAAAUAUGAUGUUAUAUAUAAAAUUACAAAAGGAUCACUAUUUUUGGAAAAAAAAUCAAAAAUUUCAACAGUUAUUGUUUAUAAUUGAAAAGACUUUAAAAAGUUACCUACAAUAGGAGAGUGAAAACCGUUUCAAUCUAAGUUAAACCGUUUUGACACUAAAGCAUUUCAAAGUAACAAAACUGGAGAUUUUCAAUUGCGUAUAUCUCCAAAACUAUUGGACUAAAGUAUGUCAUGUGACCCCUCAAAUUUCAUGGAAUUUAACGUAGAAUUCAAAAAUAAAAUAAUAUACAUACAUAUUCUAAAGCGAAAUUCCACACUUGCGUAAAUAUUUAUUUAUUUAUUUAUUUCAAAUAAAUGAAUUACCUCUCUUCCAGCUGAUUUUAGGAAAUUUAAACUUGGAUAAUAUUUAGGCCCUCGGCCGUCUCACGAUCGCAACAAGAAAAGGUAUUCCAAUUAAAUAUUAAAGUAAACCAAUUAAAUAUUAAGUAGUGGAGCAUUGUUCUGUUUUUAAAUAUUGUUUAUGUAAGUGAAAGAUCCAAAAAAUGUUGGAAAUUUUUGAGGAAUUUUACUUGUUGAAAAAAAUAAAUGGGGUGAAAUUUCUCAAGUAAAAUAGACACGCUAGAAGGAAGACUUUAGUAAAUUUCGUCAUAAGCAAGAUAAGAAUUAAUAAUAUAAUUUCUGUAUUUUUUUUUGUACCUACUGUUAAUUUCUAAUAAAUAUUCGCUAAAAACGUGUUCAUUCUGUAAUUCUAAGAGAUUUAGCGUCGUUUUCCAUUCACUUUCAGCUUUUUUGUUGGGGCUUAGCCGUAGGUCUUUUUAGGAAUCAAAAAAUUUAAAUAAUUUACUCCUUGGUAAUUUAUCAAAAAUAUUAUAGAGAGCUUUUUGAUUGGCCGUUUACUGUAGAAUGACUUAAAAAGAUAAAAAGUUGAAUUUUUUCCAAAGGCUUCGAGAAAUUCGAGUUACAAAAUUUACAGUUUUUCACCAUUUUUUCAAAUUUUAUUAAGUAAAAAGUCAAUUUUCUUUUACAAAUAUAUUCUUUUAAUUAUUCUUUACAACUAUUACUUAAAAUAUUUUCUUGUAAAUCUUUUACAUUUUUCAUAAAAAAAAAUCAAAGUUUUUUUUUUUAGUUUUAAAAAAAAUUCUUUCCUUACUCUCCUUUAGAAAAUACAACUUUUUCUUGCUAAACUUUUACUGCUCUUUUUUUGUGUCUUACACUUUUCUCACAGGAUUUUUUUGUUUUUCAAUUGGACCAGUUUUGAAUUUUGAGUUUUGGUCAUUUUAGGAAAAUGCGUUUCUUCUAACUCAUUUUCUCGCUCUCCUAUAGGAAAUUGAAUUUUUUGUUAAAAGAACCUUUUAAAUAUUUUUUUAUGUCCUAUGAGACGCAAGAAAUUUUUUUUUGAUUUUGACAAUAUUUUUAAUUUUUCGAUUUUUUUUACAAAAUCAAAAAACGUUAAAUAACUUGCUUUCUGGUCGUUUUUUCAAAAAACCUGUAAAAAGCUUUUCGAUUGACCAUUUAUUGUAGAAUAAUUUACACAAAUAAAAAGUUUAAUUUUUUCCAUGGGGCUCGAGAAAAUCAACUUCAAAAAAUUCCAGUUUUUCUCGAUUUUCUCAAAUUCUAUUUAAUAAAAAGUCAAUUCUCUUUUACAGAAAUAUUCUUUUUUUUAUUCCCGACAACUUUUACUUAAGACAUUUCCUUGUAAAUCAUUUACUUUUUUUAUUAAAGAAAAUAUAAUUUUUUUCUCGUAAUUUAAAAAAAAAUUAUUUCUUGCUCUCCUAUAGGGAAUACAACUUUUUGUCACUAAGCUUUUAUUUUUCUCUUUUUCUGUUUUAUAUAAAGGAUUUUUUUGUUUUUAAAUCGGACCAGUUUUGAAUUUUGAGUUUUGGUCAUUUUAAAAAAAUGCAUUUCGUCUAACUCGUUUUCUCGCUCUCCUAUGGGAAAUUGAAUUUUUUGUUAUAAGAACUUUUUAAAUAUUUUUUUAUGUUCUAUAAUAUACAGCUUUUUUUUAUUUUGAAAAUGUUUUUGAUUUUUUUUUUAAUUUUAUACCAAAUCAAAAAAAAUUAAAUAACUUGCUUCCUGGUCAUCUUUACAAAAAAUUGAUAAUAAGCUUUUCGAUUCAGAAUUUAUUGUAGAAUAUUCUCCAAAAAGAAAAAAUAACUUUUUUCCAAUAGGAGUGGAGAAAAUCAAGUUCAAAAACUAGCAGAUUUUCUCAACUCAAAACCUUUAAAAGUCAAUUUUCUUUUACCUACAUAAUAAUCCGCACAAUUUUCAAUAAAAUUUGUACCUCCCAAACCCUCUGCUAGGCCCCCACAGUUAAAACAACCAUAUAUAGUUAAGAUAAGAAUUAAAAUUUCAAAUCUAUUACUAUAUAUAUAUAUAUAUAUAUAUAUAUAUAUAAAUAUAUAUAAAUAUAUGAAAACAAAACUAUUGUAAAUGGUAGAUGAAAAUUCGUAUGUUAGUGACAUCAUAAGCAUUAUUGUGAUGAAUUAUUGUAAACUCUAGGUGCUUGGGAACAUAUGUGCAUUUAAACCUAUAAUUUUUUUCUCCUUUUUCUGUUCAUAUAACGCAUAAGAAACACAACAGCCCCGUUAGGUGCAAUUAUACAUAAUUCGUCUUUUAGGGGGUGUCUGAAAUGACGUCACGACCAUUUUAUUCGAGACACCUUGUAAACAAAUAAUAAAUCGAUUUCGCAUUAUAGUUUAAUAAUUGUAAAUAUUUAAUUGUUAAGGAGAGGCACGUCUGUAUUAUUUUAUUAUUAUUAUUAUUAUUAUUAUUACUAUUAUUAUUAAUUACCCCCUUUACAAAAUGAUUCUUUAGUAAUUAAUUAUUAUUUAUUUAUUUUUUUCCUGCAAUUGUAGAUAUAAAUGAUAUGCCUAAGUGUUUUUUUUUUUAAUAGUUCACACUAUAAUAAAGCUAAGGAGUUAUUUUGUACCAUAAUCGAACUGAUUUUUGACUUUAGUAUUUAUUUAUUAAUUUUUAUUUAAAUAAAAAGAGAUUUUUUUUUGUUAUUUGUAAACAAAUGAAACCGACGCGUUUGCUGCAUAUAUGUUGUAAAAAUCCAAGCCAAAAGUCUUCACAACAGCAAGGAAAUUGUGAUUAAAUUAAAUUUUACUAUUAUUAAAGAAUAACAAAAUUAAUUGACAAAUGUUUUUUGUAUUAGUGAAUUAUUAAAACAUCUGAAAUUGUA